GAAAGUAACACAUGGGUUCUGUUAACCAAUCUCAACUCAGUGGGGGCGGGGUUUAUUUAAAUAUUGUAGUUUAAUAACAGGAGUUGUGACGCAAUAGUGAUCUGCUGUAUACUUUCUAAAACAUCUCCAUCCACACAAACUGCGUCUUUAGGAAACAUUUAAACCGUAGACCAUUUGAGAAUAUCUCUGCAAGACAAACAUAUUUGUUGACUUGUGAAUUUGUCGUGCAGAAGUUUGCCUCGAUUUCCUGCAGCGAUGGCGAGUCCAGACGCGGUGUACAACACCACCACCACCACCACCCCCACAGCAGCCAACAAAUCCAAUCGAUGGUUCAUCGUUCCCAAUCCCGAACUUAGCUUCACCAGGUUUUUUGUAAAAGUGGCAGAAGUGCUCCUGGCCUUCGUGGCGUUCGUCCUGGAGGAAGUGGUGACCAGCUGCACUUCCUGCACAGCUCUUUACUUCUUUGAGUUUGUGAGCUGCACGGCCUUCCUCUUCACACUCCUCCUCCUCAUCCUCCUCUCCACGCCACUGCACCAGAAAGUCGGCAUCAACUGCUGGUCUCAAGUGGAUUUCGGAUACUCUGUUCUGAUCUGCUUGUUUCUAUUCAUCGCCUCCGCAGCGUUUGCGGGGAGCAACAGCGGCUCGGAGGUGGAGAAGGCCACCGUGGGAUUCGGCUUCCUCGCCGCCAUCGUCUUUCUUGUAGACGUGUUGAUGUUCUACAAGGAAAAAGGCAUUCCAUUUUUUUGUCUGAAUAAAGCUCCAGCGGCGGGUUCGACCGAGCCGGUGCCCGAGGUCGAGAAACUAAAUACCAACGGCACCAGCGGCACCAACUGAUCCAGAACCAAAGAACCCAAACCCGGCCCCGCUUCAUCCACAUCAUCACGUGUUCACGUCUUAUUUCACGCCACUGGUUUUAUUUAUAGAGCUUUUCAAUCCGACUCCUCCAUCCUCGUCUGAUUCACACUUUCGAAUGGAAUGGUUUGUAAUAUUAUUUGUAAUAUUAUUUUUUAAGAUGAUUUUAUUUCUCAGCAGAGGAAAUGAGGUUUGAAAUUUCAGGAACAUUUCUGUUCUCAGUGAGGAGAAUCUUCUCAGAAAGGAAGCCGUUUGUGCCUUUUAGAGCAAGUGUGAAAAAUGUGAUGAAAGUAAAACACUUCAGUAGCUUCAUAAAGAGGAGCAUCACCUCCUUCCUCUAACUCGUGUAUGAGUGUGUGUGUGUGUGUGUGUGUGUGUGUGUGUGUGUGUGUGUGUGUGUGUGUGUGUGUAAAGUCUGUGAGUGCAGCAUUCCUCCACUGACAUUUUUGUUUCAUUCACAAAUUUGGAAUGCGUAGACGAUAAAAGAUUCUACAGAUCAAACAAACGACGAUAUUGUUUAUUUUGUAAGUUUUAUAUUUUACAUUUUUUUGUCAUUUUUCGCUGUAACGUUCAUCAGGAUUUGAAUUCCGUAAAAAAAACAAAAAACAUCAUGAGUAGUUUAAAUAUUUAUGGAUCUGACGUUGAGUUUUAGCUUCCUGUAAUAAACACACAGGGUCGUUCCAGUUUAA